AUGGAGGAUAUCUGUAGCAAACAGAAAGAGAUUGACUCAUUAUUGUCCAAAUUAAAAUCGUUAGAGCAACAACAGUCCGAGCAAGAACGGACUAUGAAAGCGGACAUUACGGACCUGAAAUGCCGAAAUAUGCGCGAUAAUUUGCUCUUUUUUGGAAUUCCGGAAGUACGGGGAGAAAACGAUGCAGAUUGUGUUGAAAAGGUACUGGAUUUAAUAGAGAGCAAAUUAGAAAUUGAGGAUGCUAAAAUUAACAUCAAACUACACCGUGCCCAUCGCAUUGGAAAGUUCGAUAACUCGAAAACACGACCUGUUGUGGCAAAGUUUGCUUACUAUCCGGACAGAGAGCGAGUAAAACUUAGAGCAAGCAAACUAGAAAGGCCUUACGGCAUCAGCCAGCAAUUCCCUGCGGAAGUGAUGUCCACAAGACGACGUCUUGUGCCUAUUAUGCUGGAGGCUCGGAAGCAGGGAAAGGAAGCUUACAUUAAGGUGGAUAAACUUUUUAUUGACGGUCGGUUGUAUAGAGAGGGAGUGGAUGCGGAAAGGAUGUAG